GUCGAUUCCGACUUUAUCGGGGCUUUGAAGAGCUCUGACAUCAGAGGGAUUGAAGAUUUCUGCUGGACUAACAUUUCAGAGGAAAAAGUGAUAAACGAUGCCUCGCACCAAGGCGUCCCGACGUUCAGCAGCAGCAAAGAAAAGGCUGAUGGACCGGAACGUUGUGGCUAAGACUCAUGACGGGGUUAUGCCAUUUCCCCCCUCCCGGAAUACCAAAAUGGCUCUGACCGUGACUAAUCUGACUAGCCACAACCAACAGACUGAUUCCGCUGCUGCUGCCGUCCAUGUCGUGGCUAAGACUCAUGACAGGGUUAUGCCAUUUCCCUCCUCCUGGAAUAACAAAAUGGCUAUGACUGUGACUGCUUCGACAAGCCACGACCAACAACCUGACCAGGCCACACAGCCACGGCCUGUGUCUGUCAUGGCUAUGACUGAUGACGGGGUUACGCCUUAUCCCCCCUCUCGGAAUUCCAAAAAGCUCCCGACUGUGACUUUCCCAACGAGCCAUGACCACCGGGUUCCCACCCUGGGUGCCAUUUGUACGACAGAUGACGAGUUGUUUGUGCCUUCUCUUUACAAAGACAAGGCUUCGACUGACGAGGUGCAGCCACCUCAUAAAAGAAAGGCUGCAACUAUGAGACCAUCCAAAAAACUAUGCAAACGACCAUCCAAUAAAUGCAAACGACCAUCCAGUACAGCACUGCAAGUGCCCGUUCAAUUGCCCAUUCCAUUGUCCAUUCAACUUUCCAUUCAAUUCUCAAAACGCUUGUCAAAACCCUUGUCAAAACGCUUGUCAAAACCCUUGUCAAAGUCUGAAUCAAAACUUACCCUUGAUCAACAACAGCAUGUGAACUGUAUAACUACAUCUGUAUCUACUGAUUUUCCUCAGGCAUGUACAGUGAGAGGAUCCUUCCACCAAGGACACCCACGAUUUGGAGUCAACAGUAACAAGCAGUGUGUUGCUAAUAGUUUGAUUGCUACACUAAUGUGUAAAGUAAAGAACAUCUUAAGCUGGUCAGUCACCGACAUUGAUCAAGUGCUGCUGAAUGGAGAUGACCUCUACAGUGCCAUGAGAGACGCUGGGAGAAUUCAAGAUGCUUCUGGGUAUCUGUUUGUUAGAGAUCUACCAACAGAGUACACAUUGAAUGGUCAUAAAUUUCAAAUAAACUACCACGAUGACAUGUUUGUUGGCUUGUUUGGUGUAACUGAAUAUGGAGAUAUGGGUGACAUUCUCAUGUCAGUUGAUCAAGCGGUAAGAGCAGCAUUCUCACAGUAUGAUGCGUGUCUUUUUAGUCUUAAAGUAAAUACAUGUGCCAUCAUUAAGCAAGGGUCAUGGUAUGUGGUGAUGGACUCGCAUUCCCGACAAGGAGAUGGAGCAAGCAAUGCAUCAGGAAGAAGUAUAUUGGUGUACCACUCUACCAUAGAGUCUUUGCUAGACCAUGUGAAUACCCUAGGACUGUCCUUAGAAGCAAUAGGGGAGCAGUUUGAGAUUACAGCUGUGACUGUGACCAGUUCAAGCAUCCUUCAACAGCAUCCAGAUGGUAACUCCUCAGCUGACCAGUUUCCAAGCACGUCAGAGACCCGGUGUGAUGUGGUAAGGCCAAAUGUGACAGAUGAUGUGCAACAUGAGGAUGAUGUCCACACCAGCAAUGAAGGUGAUGUUGUUUUUAUCAGUGAGCUAUGCAGUGAGCAGUUUAUCUUCUGUCCUUUGACAACACGACAGCAAAGAAGCCUAUCCUGUAAGCUAGGUGUGGUGUACAUUGAUCAUGGUCAUGUAAACAUAGCUGCAGAGUUUCCAAUGGGUGCUCCCUGCAGAACGGUGCCGAUCACUGGUGAUGGUAACUGCUUUUUCAGAUCUCUGGCUUUUGCUAUUACUGGAAGUGAGAAAGAACACAGGAAAAUUAGGCGUGCUAUUGUUUCUCACAUACUAAGAAAUGAAUCCAGGUAUGUUGCUUGUCUUAGACUUGGUCACUCUUCUGUAAGUGAGUAUGUGGACACAUCCCGAAUGAAAUAUGUUGGUACUUGGGCUUCUGAGGUAGAGAUUCAAGCUGCCGCUGAUCUGCUUGGUGUGCAUAUUUUCACAUAUUCUGAUAACAAAUGGUUGAAAUACUCCACAUGUCUUGGUUCUCAUACUGAUCAGACAGGUAUAUACCUGAAACAUUGCAAUGAGUCACAUUAUGAGGCUGUAACUUGUGUGACCAGGCGUGAUGCUGAGGGUUGUGCCACAGGAUGUUCUCAAAUUCAAAACACACCAUCAGAGAGUGCAUCAAAUCGUCGAAAACUGGAACGAGAAAAAAGACGGUAUGAAGUAAGUACGGCAUACAAGGAGGAACAACUUGAGAGAAGCAUGAAGCGCUAUCGUGAGGAUGAAGUGUACAGAGAGCAUGUGAAACAGUCAAGUAUAAGUAAGUACGCAACAGACAUGGGGCACCGCAAACAUGUACAGCAGUCAAGUGUAACUAAGUAUGCCACAGACACUGAACAUCGGCAACGUGUGCAGCAGUCAAGUGUGACUAAGUAUGCCACAGACACUGAACACAGGCAACGUGUGCAGCAGUCAAGUGUGACUAAGUAUGUGACAGACACUGAACAUCGGCAACGUGUGCAGCAGUCAAGUGUGACUAAGUAUGCCACAGACACUGAACACAAGCAACGUGUUAAGCAGUCAAGUGUUGAUAGAUACAAAACAAAUAGCUCUUUUGCUGCUUCAGUAAAAAGGAGAAAUAUUGAGACACGGAUGAAAAAGAAGGAUAAAAGAAAAGAUAUUGAGUAUGUGACUGAACAGUUCAAAGAGAAAAUAAAUAGAGGACCUGAAUACAUUUGCUCAGUCUGUCAUCGAAUGUUGUUUAAGCACCAAGUUGUGAUAUGCAGAAAAGGUGAAUAUUUGAGAAAAUCACAGGCAGUUGCAGUACUGGCAUCGCAGUGCAUCACUGAUACAUACUUGCACAAAUGUAUAGAUACUUGUUCUGACAAUUGUAGAAAUUUGAUUGGCCCUACAGGUUCAUUGUGGAUUUGUCACACAUGUCAUAGAAAGAUUCUUGAUGGAAAAAUGCCAGGAGAGAGUGUCAUAAACUGUCUAUCUGUAGACCCAAUACCUGCUGAGUUGAAGUGUCUAAAUUCUUUGGAACAGCAUCUGAUUAGUAUACAUAUUCCUUUCAUGAGAAUUGUGUCUUUGCCAAAAGGUGGGCAAAAUGGUGUUCAUGGCCCUGUGACUUGUGUCCCGUCUAGCAUUCCAAAUGUAGCUCAAGCUUUACCAAGAGUGAACGAUGAUGACCUUAUGAUUCGUGUGAAGUUGAAGCGCAAGUUAACUUACAAAGGGCAUUACAAAUUUGAAUUUGUGCAUCCAGAAAAAGUAAAGAAGGCUUUAAUGUAUCUUACAGAGAAUAACAAAUUUUACACAAAUGUGCAGUUCAAUGAUGACUGGAUUAAUCCAUUACAGAAAACUGAAGACGUACCUCCUGAUGUAAGUAACAUACAUGCAGAUGAAGAGCAUACUGAACAUAACAUGGAGGAUGAGGACAUGGAUGAAACUUUGCAUGAUAGACAACAACAUGGCAUGUACAUGGAUACGUGUCUUCAACCUGUAGACAUAGCACAAGAGAUCCUAGAUCAGCACUUUAAUGGAAUUAUGUCUAUGGCACCCGCAGAAGGAAACAAUCCAGUGAGGCUUUUGACUGAUGAAUCUAAUGAGGCUAAAUGUUUUCCAGUCCUUUUCCCAAAAGGCACAGGCACAUUUCAUGAGAGAAGGAAGGAAAAACUAACAUUGUGUAGGUAUUUAAAUACAAGAAUCCUUAAUGCCGAUGGACGGUUUGCAAAAAACUUAGACUAUAUUUUUUAUGGGCAAUAUUUAUCUGAGCUUCAGCAAGUUGUCUCAAAUGUAUCUAUUGCUGUAAGAAAAGGCUAUGAUUCAUGGGAUAAGUGUCCUGUCACAUCAGAAACCUUGACAGACAAGGACUCUCUACAAAGGAUGUUCAAUUUUGAUGAAGGUUACAAAUUUCUGCGACCCAUCAGAGGCACCCCUGUUUUUUGGCAAAGUGUCCAGAAAGAUUUGUUUGCGAUGGUAAGACAGCUUGGUAUUCCAACAUGGUUUUGCUCCUUUUCCUCUGCUGAUUUACGCUGGACAGAACUGAUGACUGCAAUCUUCAAACAAGAUGGCAUAGAUGCAUCAAGUGCUGAGCUCGGCUGGUCAGAAAGAUGUGCACUGUUGAAAAACAACCCUGUGACAGCUGCCAGAAUGUUUGACUAUCGAUUCCACUGCUUCCUGAAAGAUGUGAUCAUGUCAGAAGCACAGCCCAUUGGCAGAAUAGUUGAUUACUUCUACCGAGUAGAAUUUCAGCAACGAGGAUCACCUCACACUCACUGUUUGUUUUGGGUGGAAGAUGCACCUAAGGUUGGUAAAGAUGAUGAAGAUGAAAUAUCAGCUUUCAUUGAUCAGUAUGUCACAUGCGAAAUGCCAGAUGAUGAUGAUGAAAUGUAUGAAAUUGUAUGUAGCGUACAGCAACAUAGUAAGCGGCACUCAAAAACAUGCAAGAAAAAGGGUAAAACUUGUAGAUUCAAUUUCCCACGUCCUCCAAGCAACAAAACAUUUGUGUCAUCAUGCAAACUUGGAAAUGGUGAGACAGACGGACAGCCCCUGAAAAAAGAAGUAGCAGAGGCCAUUAUGAAAACAGUGAAGGACGCUGUACUAAAUCCUGACAUGAACUUUGACUCUGUUGAUUCUUUAUUUGGUACAAUUGGCAUAAAUCAGGAAAUAUUUGAAGCUGCAUACUCAAGAAUCACAAAGAAAACUACUAUUGUUCUUAAGAGGAGACCAUGUGAUGUUUGGCUGAACCAAUAUAACAGAGACCUUUUACGCUGUUGGAAUGCAAACAUGGACAUUCAGUUUGUGGUUGAUGCAUAUUCAUGUAUUGUGUACAUCAUUUCCUACAUUUCCAAAGCUGAGAGAGAGAUGGGACUGCUACUGGCAAAUGCCCAAAAAGAGGCCACCCAGCAAGGUAACCUUGAUGCAAAAGAAGCUCUUCGGCAACUUGGCAGUGUUUUCUUGCACAAUCGUGAAGUUUCAGCUCAGGAAAGUGUUUAUCGCUUGACUAACAUGAGGUUGAAAGAGGGAUCACGAAAGGUGCAAUUUAUCCCAACCGGACAGCAUGUGGUGAAAAUGAGCCUUCCACUGAACGUGAUACGGAAGAAAGCUGAGUGUGAGAAUGAGGAUGAUCAGGGUAUUUGGAUGAAUAGUAUCACUGAUCGAUAUAAAGCCAGACCAAAAACAGAGGAGUUUACAGGAAUGUGCUUGGCAAGGUUUGCAUCUGAGUACAGAAUAUUAUCUAAAUCUCAGAGUUCAUGCAAUGGAAGUGUUGAGCUGGACAGAAAACUAGGAUUUAUGAAGAAAAGGACACGCAGUGAUGCAGCUGUUGUUCGGUAUGUUCGCUUUUCACCCACAAAGGACCCUGAAAAAUAUUACCACAGCAUUUUGCAACUUUUUCUACCGCAUUAUAUGGACGGCCAGCUGAAACCAUCUAGUUUUAGCAGUUACCAGGAAUUCUAUGAAACUGGGUUUGUGAGGUUUUCUGAUGAUGAAUUGCAUUCAGUGAAACUGGUUGUAGACUCAAAUAUGGCAACGUUUGAAAAGGAAUCAAAAGCAAUAGAGAAAGCUGAGGAAGACCUACAGUUGCAUGGUGCGAUGGAAGAUGCUUGGUCAGAGAUUUGUCCGGAGACUGAACGUGAACGGUUAGAGUGUCUUGCCAGCAAAUCAAGUGCAACGCCAGAAAUGAGAGAACAACGUGAUGAGAUACCAGAUUUGUUACCAAGACCUACUCGCCAUAUGUUCCAGGAGAAUCCUUGUGGUAUGUCCAGGCAGGAAGCAUUGGCUUUGCUUCGCUCACUGAACAAGAAGCAGUCUGAGAUCUUUUACAAAAUACGAAGCUGGUGUUUACAGAAGACACGUGGUGAAAAUGCAGAACCAUUUCAUGUCUUCAUAUCUGGACCUGGAGGUGUGGGCAAGUCUGUCUUAAUCAAAGCAAUACAUUAUGAGGCAUCUCGUAUCUUGUCAAAGUUGUCAGAUAACCCGGAUGAGAGACAUGUGUUACUGACUGCUCCAACUGGGGUUAGUGCCUACAACAUCAACGCAGCGACGAUACACACCUGUUUCCACAUUGCAACAGAUGUAAAGCUCCCGUACGAACCACUUGGAGAUGAAAAAAUAAAUUCAUUGAGAGCUGAACUGGGAAAGCUGCAGAUAUUAAUUAUCGAUGAAAUUUCAAUGGUUGAUCACAAACUGCUGUCAUAUAUUCAUGGGAGAUUGAGACAAAUCAAGCAAAUUGGAGAUUAUUCUGCUUUUGGUAAUGUCUCAAUAGUUGCUGUUGGAGACUUCUACCAGCUUUCUCCUGUGAAAGGGAAACCUUUGUAUACUGAGCCUAAAGGUGUCAAUCUAUGGCAGAAUCAUUUUGCUUCAGUGGAGCUGACGGACAUCAUGAGACAGAAAGAUAUGGACUUUGCACAGUUGCUGAAUCGGCUAAGGAAACGCAAAAGGGGUGAUUCGAUGCUAGAGGAAGACAUUACUAUGCUAAAACAAUGUAUGACAGGCCAAGGACAAGAAAGUACUGCUCUUCAUAUUUAUGCAACCAAUGAUCAAGUUGAUCAGCAUAACUAUCACAUGCUCCGCAAGAUAUGUGCAGACCCCGUCAUCAUUCAUGCUCAGGAUUUUGAAAGGGUUGCUGGAACUAGUAGACUGCAGAGGAAAGAUGGACAUCAUGCAAAAGUUAACAAGACAUGUUUGGCAGAAUCACUUCAUAUUGGUGUCAAUGCACGGGUAAUGCUGCUGAAAAACAUUGAUGUUUCAGAUGGCCUGGUAAAUGGUGCAUUCGGUACAGUCAGUGACGUGUGCUUUGAUACUGAUGAGGAUUUUCCAUCUGAAAUAUACGUAACAUUUGACAAUGAAGCAGCUGGAAAGGCACUCAGGGGAAAGAAGCUAUGCCUAAAACCAGGGUUGGACAAAGCUACACAACUCAAACCGGAGGAAGAGAGAGUGACAAACAGUGGUGGGACACGACGUCAGUUUCCAUUGAAGUUAGCUUGGGCUUGUACAGUGCACAAGGUACAAGGUCUGACGGUGGAUAAGGCUGUUGUAUCACUGAAGAAGAUAUUUGCAGCUGGACAGGCAUAUGUAGCAUUAAGCCGUGUGUGUUCUCUUAAAGGCCUUAUAAUAGAAGACUUCAAGGAAAGUGUUAUAUAUGCAAAACAGGACAUUGAGAGUGCAAUGCAAAGCAUGCCUGCAUUUAUUGAACCUGUCAUGGAAGUUCCAUCAUUAUGUAAGAUUCUACUGCAUAAUGUUGAAGGACUUUCAUGUCACCUGGAUGACCUAAACCAAGAUAGAAGGUAUAUGGAAGCUGAUAUCAUCUGUUUGACAGAGACAUGGUUAAAUUCAAAGGAAGUCACAGAAGACGUACAGCUGCCUGGAUUUACAUACCAUGGGAAACCCAGACAUCUGGCAUAUGAUGGUAGUGAUGCUCUCUUUGCUGAAUUGAAGAAGCAGCAACAUGGUGGUGUGGGUGUGUAUUAUAAAGAACAUACCAACUGUACUGUGACUGAUGUGCAGUGCGUGAACAUUGAGUGUGUGCAGUUCAGUGUGGGCCUACUAAGAACAACAGUCUUCGUAAUAUACAGACCACCCUCAUAUAAUCUGGCAAUCUUUCAGAAAAACCUGAUGCAGUUGAUCACUCGGUUGGACAGUGUGGAAGGCGGGAAAAUCAUCAUGGGCGACUUCAAUGAAAAUCUUCUGGCAGUAAGUACAAUCGCUAAUUUUAUGGAAGAACAUGGGUAUACUCAACUUGUCGAAGAAGCAACCACUAGGAAAGGCACUUUGAUUGAUCAUGUGUAUGUGAAAGACAUCGUGACAAACAGCAUCUCUGUUUCAGUAAUGCCGACGUAUUUUAGCCAUCAUGAAUGUGUAGCACUACAUUAUCUCUAAGAAACUGUAUAAAAACAUUAUCUGUAGGAAACUGCAUAAAGAAACAUAAUACGUUUUGUGCUGGAGUGAUAGUUUUCUGGAGGCGUGCGCCUCAGGGGGCUGGCACUGGGGCUGGCUCUUGGGAGGGUGCAACUUACCGUCAGGAGUUGGAAGUGCGGCUGGUGUUUAGGGGGCUAGCACUGCAGGUAGGGCUCAUAUCGGGCUUUGGGCGGCUAAAGCCGACCUUCAGGAGGCUGCCACUGUGCC